AUGGCACUUCAGUUUAUUCUAAUACUUUUAAAUAUUCUUCUCUUUGGGAGCUCAUUGAGGUUAGUAGAAUCAUUUACCGAUGGUAGAAAGAUCGUAGUAGGGAACAAUGAGACCGAUCGACUUGCUUUGCUGGAGUUCAAGAAGCAAAUAAUUGAUGAUCCGUAUGGAACACUAAGUUCUUGGAACGAUUCCAUCCAUUUCUGCAACUGGGUAGGGAUCACAUGUUCCAAUCUUCAACAACAACGGGUUAUCAGCUUGGAUUUACAAGGGAAGGGCUUGGGAGGUAACAUAUCUCCUUCCAUUGGGAAUCUCACUUUUCUGCGAUAUCUCAACAUGGGAGAGAAUAGCUUCCAUGGCACAAUCCCCCAAGAGAUGGGUAAUUUGAUUAGCCUACAAAUCAUUAGUUUUGAAAACAACACUCUUAAAGGAGAAUUUCCUACCAGCUUGGCCAACUGCACUAGUCUAAGAGAAAUCUACUUCAACAAUAAUAAUCUUGUCGGGAAGAUUUCAAGUGAACCAUUUACAUCUUUGACAAAGUUGGAGGUAAUAACUAUUAAUGGUAAUGGUUUAACAGGAGAAAUACCGGCUUUUUUGGGAAACAUUUCCUCCAUUCAAGAAAUCUCUUUGGAAGGAAAUGAACUCCAGGGAACCAUUCCAGAAUCCCUUGGUCAGCUUUCAAACUUAUAUCUUCUAGCAAUUGGUAGAAACAACCUAUCUGGUAUGGUCCCUCUCUCACUAUACAAUCUUUCAUCUCUUCAAAUAUUUAAUCUCCGACAAAACCAACUGCAUGGGAGUCUCCCACGAGACAUAGGUCUCAAUCUUCCAAAUCUCCAAGUACUAAUACUUGGACAAAACCUUUUCUUAGGGAGCAUUCCGAAUUCCAUCUCCAAUAUUUCAACACUCGAAGUUUUUGAUCUCGAUCAAAACAGUUUUGUUGGACCCGUCUCUAACAACCUAGGAAAUCUUCAAAACCUUCAAGCAUUCACUAUUGAUGACAAUCAAUGUGGAACUGGGGCAGCUAAUGAUUUGGAUUUUGUAAAUUCUUUGCUCAAUUGUACAAAUCUAAAUUCUUUGUCCAUACAACUUAAUGGUUUUAAGGCUUCCCUUCCCAAUUUCAAAGCCAAUCUCUCAACACAGCUCUCAAUAUUUCUUUUUGGAAGGAAUCAAAUAUAUGGAACCAUUCCAGCUGGGAUUGAGAAUCUCGUCAACUUAACUGGAUUGGGCAUGGAGGAUAACUUUCUCGAAGAUUUACAUUUGCCUACAUGCACAACCCCUAGAUCUACGAAACAAGAAAAGUCCAAUUCUUUUAGAAUAGUUUUGGCAAUAAUCGGUGCGCUUCUUGGUUUUCUUUUGAUAUCUUCCUUUCUUACACUCUAUUGGAUAAGAAGAUCAAAAAGUAAACCUCCAUCCACACCAUUGACUGGUGAACGGUUCUUAAAGCUUUCUUACAAAGAGCUCUUCAAAGCUACCGAAGGAUUUUCGUCAGCUAAUUUCAUAGGUUCCGGUAGUUUUGGCUCUGUAUACAAAGGGAUUAUCGACCAAGAUGAAACCAUUGUUGCAGUCAAGGUGCUGAACCUUCAAAAUCCCAGAGUUUACAAGAGUUUUAUUGCUGAAUGCAAAGCAUUAAGAAACAUUGGGCAUCGAAAUCUUGUCAAGAUUUUAACUUCCUGUUCAAGUCUUGAUCCAAAAGGCAAAGAUUUCAAAGCCCUUGUUUAUGAGUUCAUGCCCAAUGGGAGUCUAGAUGAUUGGUUGCAUCUACCGGUUGAGGCACAUAAUUAUUCAAGGAAUUUAAGCCUUCUUCAAAGAUUAAACAUCGCAAUUGAUGUGGCUUCUGCAUUGGAUUACCUUCAUAACAACUGUUAUGUUGCAAUUAUUCAUUGUGACUUGAAGCCAAGCAAUAUUCUACUUGAUAGUGAUAUGAUUGCACAUGUCAGUGACUUUGGUUUGGCGAGGCUACUUUUAGAAGCUGAUGACAAUUCAUCCCAAGAUCAAACUAGUACCAUUGAGAUAAAAGGAUCUAUUGGCUAUGCUGCUCCAGAAUAUGGCAUGGGUGGAAGGGUACCUGUACAAGGGGACGUGUUUAGCUAUGGGAUCCUUUUAUUGGAGAUGUUCACGGGAAAAAGGCCAAUAGAUCAUAUGUUUACUGAUGACUUAAAUCUCCAUAACUUUGCAAAGGCAACUUUACCUGUACACGUGAUGCAAAUUUUAGAUCCAAAAAAUCCUACACAUGGAAGAACAAAGUGA